AUGACUGCCGCUAAAUCCUAUGACUACGUGGUUGUCGGAGCGGGAACCAGCGGGCUGGUCCUCGCCUCCCGACUCACUGAGGAUGCCGGCGUCAACGUGCUCCUGAUUGAGGCCGGGGCCAACCGCAUGGGCGAUCCGCGCAUCGAAACCCCUGGCUUUUUGAGCACGUUGUAUGGGAACCCCGACUUCGAUUGGGAUUACAUGAGUGAGCCGCAGAUCCAUGUGAAUAACCGGCAGAUCGCCCAGCCGCGCGGUCGCGUAGUGGGGGGCACGUCGGCCAUGAACUUUUCGGUGGUGAUGUACCCCUCAGAAAGCAAUUUCGCGGCCUGGAAGUCGCUGGGCAACGAGGGCUGGGGUCCCGAGGAUAUGGCGCCCUACCUCCGCAAAUUCCACACCUACACGCCUCCGUCAGAGGCGACGUCGACCUUGCUGUCGCUGGAGCGCUACAUGAGCCCGGAGAACCAGGGUACCAGCGGACCGGUUCCCAUCACCCUACCGGAUGUCUAUGGGCCGUUCAACCAGGCCUGGGACGAGGCCUUUGCCCGGCUGGGCUGGCGCACAGAUGCGGAUCCCAUCGCCGGUCGCAAGAUUGGCGCUUUCACCGCACCGUUGACGGUUGAUGGGAAGACUGGUCAGCGCGGAUAUGCGGCAGCGUACUACUCGCCAGAGGUAGCGCAGCGGCCGAAUUUGGACUUGUUGACUGAGACGAUGGUGGAAAGGGUGUUGCUAACUGAGGUGGAUGGGGAAGUAGUCGCGACCGGUGUGCAAGUUAGAGCCAAGGACGGUGAGCGUCAGGAGAUUCCUGCUGCACGAGAAGUCAUUCUUUGUGCGGGAAGCUUGAAUACCCCCCAACUGCUGGAGUUGUCCGGCAUCGGCCAGCGCGAGUUGCUGGAGAAGCACGACAUUCCAGUCAUUCUCGACCGCCCCGGCGUGGGAGAGAAUCUGCAGGAUCACUGUUUGGCAAGUAUCAACUUUGAAGUAGCAGACGACCAAGUGUCCGGCGAUAUCAUGCGAGACCCGAACGUAGUGCAGUCAUUGAUUCAGCUCUACGAGCAAACGCGCGGAGGCCCCUUGUCCGGCAUGCCCAUCAGUAUGGCGUAUCUGCCUCUGGUCGACCACGACGGCCAGCUCUCCCGCGAGAAAGUCCACGAGUUGCUCGAUCAGCACCUUGAUCAGGAGGCGGCAGAUCUUCCGCCUGCGCAGCAGAAGCAAUUUGCGCUGCAGCGGGAGCUGCUUCAGGCGGGCCACAAUGCCUCCUCGCAGUACAUGCUCAUGCCAAUCCAGACGCAUAUGCUCCCCGGCGUUACGACGCUUGCUGACGUCCUGGCCAAGUCGCUGCCGGGCAACUAUCUCACUGUGAUGGUUCUGCACAACCAUCCCUUUUCGCGCGGCUCGGUGCACAUCCGCUCAAGGAACGUGGAGGACAAGCCCGUCUUUGAUCCGAACUACCUCUCUCACCCGCUGGAUCUCGAAAUCCUGGCGCGACACGUCCAGUUCCUGGAUCAAAUAGUCGCGACGGAGCCGCUUGCGAGCAUGCUGAAGCCCCAGUCUCGGAUUCCCCAGGGGGUCGUCGAUUAUAGCAACCUCGACAAGACCAAAGAGGUGGUCAAAGAGCGCCUGUACACCUGCUUCCAUCCGGCGGGCACCUGCGCCAUGAUGCCGGCGGAACUGGGAGGUGUGGUCGACUCGCAGCUCAAGAUUCACGGCACGCGAAACCUGCGCGUGGUUGAUGCCAGUAUCUUCCCAUUAGAGCCGGCUGGAAAUAUCCAGGCCACCGUUUAUGCGGUGGCUGAACGCGCGGCCGACCUGAUUCGGGGGCACUAA